GCAGGUUCGCUGGGAGCUGCGAGACCUGAAGAAGAAGAAGAGAGGGGCGACGGCAGGGCGGCCGGUUCGCGUACCUGGAACCAAUUCUCACCUGGUAAUUAUGGCCAUGGCUACGAGGAUAACCUGCCGAAGAAUUGCAGGGCGAUCUUGCAAGGCGGCUGCCUUUUCUACUGCAACCAAGGCCGGGUGUAAGAAGAUCUUCUUCAGAAAGGCGGAAGAGUUCCAGAAAACCAGAGAGGCAGUCAAGGGUUCCAAACCUGCUGUCUCACUCAGACUGUGGAAGCCUGCCGAAUACAGGGUAUCUUUUAAUCCCUCGGCCUACCCAGGAACUGAAGGCGUAGGUCAUGAAGCUGUCCCGAGAAGUCUGGAGGAAGAAUCGCUUGAAAGUGACUACAGCAGAAUCGCUGCCAAACAGGUCCAGAACACGUACCAUGUUACCUGCUCACGAAGGCUUUCUAGCACAAACAAUACGCUGUUGGAUAUGGAAGACAAUAAGUUCUCCGACCAGGCUCUCUUGAUGCAGCUGACUAAACUAGCCCCCAAGAAAGAUGAGGGCCAAGCUGCUUGUGUGGAAGCCUAUGAUACUAAGGAAGAUCCCAGGGCAUUCCAGAAGCAAAGGCCUGAAUACAAAUCUCUCUGUUUCAACAGAGAUGAGCUCUCUCCAACCCUUCCCAUGGAGGAAUUUAACUUGAUCCUAGAGAAAGUCACUGUGCUGAAAAGUAACCUGAAGCCAGGGACAAUUGCAGAUUAUUUCUCCAGGCUAAGCCGCUUGCCAGCAAAUCAACACUUACGUUUGAUGUCCAAUACCAGGUUUACUAUGCUGUGUCGGUAUGGCAUGGAGAACAUCCAGCGCUUUGAUAUGUGUGAGCUUAUUAUGGUUUUAAAAGCAUUUGUCUGUUUCGCCCUUCCACCUACCCACUCUUUGCUGGAUGUGUAUGAAAGGGAAUGCCGCCGUCGGGCCUGGAACAUGAGCAUGGAUCAGCAACUGCUGGUGGCUGAUCUGUGGCGUUGCUUGGGGCGCCGUGUCCCUCAGUAUUUAGACAUUGUGUUGAGCUAUGUUAAUUUGCAUUGGCAAAAUCUCACUUUGACCCAACUGGUUCAGCUAGUCUACAUCAUGGGUGAAGGCCGUAAAGCCCCUGAAGAGUUAGUACAAAAGCUAGACAUCUUGGUGUUAAAGCAGUUGGACUUUCUCAACCUAGAGGAAGUGGGGGCCAUUUGUUUAGGCUUCUUCAAGUCACACAACGGUCUCUCGGAACACACUAUGAAAAAAAUUGGCGAUAAAGUCUCUGCCCACAUGGCAGAGAUGAGCAAUUACGCCUUAGUGAAUGUCCUUAAAAUGUUUCGCUUCACUCAUAUUGGUCAUUUAGAUUUUCUGAGGGAGCUUGGGAAUGUUGUUCCUCCUCAGAUACCAGCUAUAGGCAUUCAAGGUGUCAUGCACAUAACCCUUGCCUGUUCAGCUUUGCAUUAUUUUGAUCAAAACAUUAUGAAUGCCGUCGCCUUUUCUGUGCCUUCCAGGGCAGCUUAUUGCCGAAGCAAAGACAUCGCCAAAUUCUUGUGGUCUUUUGGAUGCUUGAACUAUGAGCCACCCAAUGCAGAGGAAUUUUAUGCCAUCCUCGAGGAACAGAUUCAUGCAAAGAUGGAUGAAUUCCAGAAAUUCCCCGAACAUUUGCUCACCUGCUUGCUAGCUCUGGCAUUUGCAAAGCGGUUCCCAAAUGACUUGAUAGAUUAUGCUCUGAGUCCUGAGUUUAUCAAAUUAAGCGCCAAGAAUAAAUUUGAACUUCAGAAGGACUUUUUCACUCUUGAUGGUACAGUGGAGAUUGAAUGUCCCAGUUACACGGGCAAUCGCCUUGCACCACAGAUUAAGCAAGAGGUGACAGAGAUGCUGUGGAACUAUGCCAAGAAGGAUAUCUGUAUGAAGCAGGAAGUGACUGAAGCUCUGUCUUUACUGGAAGAGAUCCUGGGUGGGCCCCAGUAUGUCAAAAACCACAUGAUCUUGCCUCACACCAGAUCAAUAGAUUUGGAGAUUCAUUUAGACUCUCACCAAAAACCAUUGCCAUUUAACUCAGAAGCUGUUACAACAGUAAAAUUAGAACUAAAAAAGAACGAACUCUGCCUUACAGAUGACUUAAUGAAUCAGCUUUUAAAAGGAAGGUCAAGUAGCCAGUUCCCUGUAGAUGGUGAAAGCGAGACUGAGAUGUGGACCCAGAAAAGAGCACUACAGGCGCAGUCUCCCUCCAGUUCGAACCAUUUUUCAUUUUCCAAUGGAGUUCUUCUGACUGGCGCCAUCUUGGAUGCUUUGACCAAACCAGAGGUCUCUUGUGAGAGUCCAGCCCCUCGGCUGAACGAGCCGCAACACGGAGGCGUGAAAGUAGCUGUUCAGGUGUCCACUAAGAACCACCACUGCUAUGGGUCGAAACGCUUGUUAGGGCUCCACAAUUUGAAAAGGAGGCAACUCCAUCAAAUUGGAUACAGAGUGAUAGAACUGCCCUUCUGGGAAUGGUUUCCGCUACUCAGGCGUAGCCAUUUAGAAAAACUGAGCUAUUUACACGAUAAAGUGUUUGGCUCUUCGCUGUAGGAGGAAACCAAGAUGUCAAGUAGAUCCAAAAUUCUAAAGCUGACACGCUGAUGCUUUUAGUUUCAACCACGUUCUUUGAGAUACCAUAGCCGGGUGGGUGGCUUUCCACCAGAAUAUACCUGACUUUUCCUAAGCUACUUAAUUGGUGUCAUUUCUUUGCAGGGCCCAUUCUUCAGUAUUUUCAGAAGCACAUUAUUUGGGAUGUUCCCUUUUUAAAAAACGCAUUUCCCAGUGGUUUUGCUGUAACUAAAAUGUCUCUUCUAUAUAACUUUUAUCGGCUGCUUCCCCCCCCCCCCCGAAAGGGGGUCGAAGGUUAACAGGGAGGGAUAAAGCUCUUCCAAGUAUUCAGGAUACCAGUAUGGUCUAGUGGCAAGAUCUGGAUUUAAACCCCCGUUCACCUGUAACUUGAGCAACCCUUAACAGUUUUGGUUCCCCACUUGUAAAAUGAGAAUUAAAUUUGCAUAUUAAAAAAAGUGGAUUUAGAGAGAAGUGCGUGAGAGAGGAAUUGUAAAGUUCUUUGCUCCAAACAAUAUUUUAGUAAUUGUUUCUGGGAUAUUAAGCAUUGCGGGAUAAUAUGGAAUUGCUCAC